UAAUAAAUGUCAGCUUAAAACAAAACAGCAAAAGUAAAUUUUGUACAAGAUAUUAUAGUGAUGUUCAACAAAUAUUUGGCGUAAAUUUUUUUAAAACAAGUAUUACUACGAAAGUACAAAGUUAGAAUGUAGAAAAAUACCAGGCCCACUAGUAUGCAGUGACUUCAGACUUGGUUCUAGCAAGUUAUUUUUUCAUGCAAAUACGUACUUAAUUCGCAGUAGUAUCAACGUUUAGCAGUGUUAGGAAACUGUAACUUAAAUUAAAUUAAGAGUGGCUGCUGAGUAAUCGCUGGGUGGUGACAAAGGCAAUAAUGACUUUUAUACGAGAUCCUUGCGGCAUUGCGUGUCUAGUCAUCACCUAUGGCGCAGUUAUGUACGCGGACUAUGUGGUACUGCGCUGGAUCAUUCUGCAAACGAUGGAGGCUAGCAUUUGGGCACCCGUGCACGUAAUACUAUUCAAUACAGUUGUUUUUCUGUUGUGUAUGUCACAUCUGAAAGCCGUAUUAUCAGAUCCUGGACGCGUGCCAUUGCCGGCAAAUCGCCUAGACUUUUCAGAUAUGCAUACAACUGGAAAAAAUAACAAUGGUGGUGGCAGUGAAUGGACUGUUUGCACACGCUGCGAGACAUAUCGUCCACCCCGUGCACAUCACUGUCGCAUAUGCAAACGUUGCAUACGACGCAUGGAUCAUCAUUGUCCGUGGAUUAAUAACUGUGUUGGUGAACGAAAUCAAAAAUUUUUUCUACAGUUUCUAUUCUAUGUUGGCAUGCUAUCCAUAUAUUCCGUUGGUUUGGUGGGCUACAGUUUUGUAUACCCUUGCGACGACUGCAAUAUAUCUACACUAGAGACACAAACUAGAAUGUUGCACAGUGUUAUUCUCUUAUUGGAAUCGGCUCUUUUUGGUCUCUUUGUCUUGGCUAUAAUGGUCGAUCAAAUGCAUGCUAUAUUGCACGAUGAAACCGCAGUGGAGGCUGUACAGUCAAAGGGUAAAGGCCUACAGCGUUCCAGCCGUCGCCAAUUUCGUUUGUUUGCUGAAGUUUUCGGACGCGGGCAUCCAGCUUGUUGGCUGUUGCCAUGUACAAGUUUCAAUUCAUCGCCGCGUUACAAUGACACCCCGCUAUUGAUGAGCUAUGAUGUUUAAGCAAAAGAACAAAAACAAAAAAACAAAGGGAAUUUUAUGACUGCACUGCGCUAGGUAUACAAACAAGUGCAACAUUUUACGAUUUGAAUUUAUGUCAAUUUUUAGUUAGAAUAUCUAGGUGCUUUUGUUGUCUAUUUUUUUAGUUAUUGUUAUAUGUUUAAUGUAAUUAAAUAACAGUUUAAUUUAUAAUUUAAAUUAUAAUAUUCCGACCUCCGUGCGAAAAGCAGUAUAUGCGGUUGCUAUACUAUUCUAAGACGUAUUAAAUAUAUAUAGAUUAUAAUACAACUCACAUAGUAAUAUUUAUUAUAGUUUAAUUUAAGAUAUGUUCCAUAUUUUAAUGCUAUGAUUUACUCGUUAGGAAAUAAGCUCGUCGAUUGUGUAUUUACAAUAACAAUCGCAAACAAGUUUAGCGUAAAUGGAUAUUAUAGUUAUUAGCAUAAGCAGCCGUAGGGUCUGCAUCAUGAAUCAAAACCAAUACUUCUUACAAUUGAUUGUUGCACUCACAUCAAGUGAUUUGCAUUUAUUGGAAGAACUUUUUGUAUGUAUUUGAAUGAAGACAGGCUGCAUUUAAGUACUAAGUGUCGAAAAUAAAAAAAAAAACAAUAUUUUAGUGAAAAAUCUAUCAUA